AACCCAACUACCAACUACCCAACUAGUGGGGUUUUAAAGGCCACAAAAACUACAACUUUUUUCUUAUCCUUUUCCAAAGGAAAAAAGAAAAAUAGUUCACAAGAUAGAAACACACACACACACACACAUUCAUAAAAAGAAAGAGAAGGCUGCAGACUUGCCAUAGUCAUGAGUCCUUCAACUUCAAUUCCUUCCACAAAUGUUUUUGAAAUAGGAAAUUGCAUCACCACAUUAAUAAAAGUUGAGCCAAAAUUAUGCAAUAGAAAUAAUAAUAAUAAUAAUAAUAGUAGCCCUCCAAAGCCACUCUUGAUUUGCAGCCCCUUAGAAGCAGGUGUUUUCCCAGUUUUAUUGUUCCUUCAUGGCUAUCUUCUCUACAACUCUUUCUACUCUCUCCUUCUUCAACACAUAGCAUCGCAUGGCUUCGUCGUCGUCGCGCCGCAGUUAUACUCUAUAGCAGGAGCAGAUGCAAAUGAAGAAAUCAAAAUCACUGCAAAGAUAACAAAUUGGUUAGCCCUAGGAUUAGGGCAACUUCUCCCACCAAAUGUUGAGCCAAAUCUUGCAAAAUUAGGGCUUGCAGGGCAUAGUAGAGGAGGAAAAGUUGCUUUUGCAUUAGCUCUAAGCAAAUCAUCUACAACUUCUCUAAAAUUCUCAGCCCUAAUAGGCAUUGACCCCGUUGACGGAACCGACAUGGGGAAACAAACUCCGCCACCUGUCCUCACCUACACCCCACAUUCAUUCAAUCUCGACUCCACUGCAGUGCUAGUAGUGGGGUCGGGACUGGGGGAGGUGAGGCGGAAUCCUUUUUUCCAUCCGUGUGCUCCAAAAGGGGUGAAUCACGAGGAUUUCUACAACGAGUGUUGCAAGCCGGCAUACUACUUUGUGGCUAAGGACUACGGCCACCUCGACAUGCUCGACGAUGAUACUAAAGGGAUAAGGGGCAAAAUCACCUAUUGUUUGUGCAAGAAUGGGGAGUCUAGGGGGGCAAUGAGGAGAUUUGUUGGGGGUAUUUUGGUAGCAUUUUUGAAGGCUUAUUUGGAAGGUGAUUCAAGGGAACUUGUUUCUAUAAGAGAAGGGCAUCAUGACAUGCUCCCUCUUCAACUUCAAAGACUUGAAUUUCAAGUCUAGUUUAGUGAGUUGUGUAAUAAAGAUGGGAAAUGUGAAAGUAAGUUUGUAUGAUCAUUAGUCUCCUUUAAUUUGUACCACUUCACUCUUUGUAAGAAAUUCGUGAGAUGAUGUGUGUAACAGUUUUAUAUUUAACUUAAGGUGCGUUUACUUUGAUGGAAAAUGAGAGAAAAAUUAAACGCACCCUUAGUAAUAUAUUUUAUAUUGCCAA